CCAGACCAGCCACGCCUCCUACACCAGCCUGAAAACCAAAAACCCCAAAACAAGGCAAUGUCUGUCACUUGCCGCGUUGAAUUUGUAUUGGCCAAAUCGAAAACGGAACCGGCCACCAAAGACCGGGCCAUGCAAUUAGCUGGAGGUCAUUGUGUUCGGUUCACAGCACAGUUCAGUUUCAGUUCGGAAUCGAUUCCAAAGCGAUUUUCAGUAUGGUUUCAGUUUCGGCUUCGGUUUCGGCACUGAGUUUCCGUUUGCAAUUUUGCGGUUGCCAAUAUUGAAAUGGGCGCGGCUGCCCCCGCAUUGGGAUUUUGGGUUUUGACAAUGUUACGACAGCAAUUUGCUCAAACAAAUUGUUUAUAAAUGUACGCAAUUGACUGACCAUUGUUUGGUGUUCAUUGGGAGAAAGGAACAAGGAAGUACGCCUCUUUCUUUGGGUUGUUUUGGAAAGCUUAAAGUGGUAGAAGAUACUCUUUCCCUGCAUAACUCAUAAAUAGAGUGGCAAAUAUAACUAUUACUAACAUCCUAAAGCUCUAUUAAUAAGUAAAAUUAAAGAAAAAUCUUUCAUAGUUACCCCCUAGACAUUCCCCCUAGCUUUUAUUACCAAUCCUAGCCAAACUUGCCACAUCUUCUAGCCAUUGAAAAUCUAACCUUCCUUCUAUCUCGUUUCUUUUCUUGUUUUCUUGGUUGCCCUCCCCUCUGACAGACUGCCAUUCAGUUGUCAAAUAUCUUUGGAUCUGCAACGUCACGAUUUCAGACUUGAGGGCGCACGACUCCAGACUCAGCUGCAGUUGCCGGAAAAUUGCAUUGAACUUCAAAAAAAUUGAAACUUCACGAGGCAGCAGCAGCAGCAGUCGAGGCGUGGUCCGCUCUUUAUGUUGUAAGGGCACGUGGCAGCCUUUAGCUGGCUAAAAAUUUCAAUCAACAACAUCUGUAAGAAAAAAAAAAUUGCAUUGCAAUUCCCAGGUAAUUGCUUUUUUCUUCUUGUGGGUCAAUCAACAAAGUUUGGCUUAAUUGAAAAGUUUGCCUUGUUCCAGUUAGUUUUUUAAGGGAAAUAAAUAUCUUUAUAUCUUAAUCCUUAUUCCAAGAUCAACUGAUCUUUGCCUUUGAAAUAAUCUCGGCUAAAAAUUCAUGUAGAAAUUUGUUAAAUUUUAAGUUUUAACUUUUAGCGAAAAUGAUUUUCAAGAAGUGCUGCUUUAUCUUGCCCCUGAACAUUGGUUGCAUGAUCAUUGCCGGGUUGUUCAUCAUCUUCCAUGUUGGUGAGCUCAUAUCCCAUACGGAUGACUUGGUAUUUGUCAGGGACACCAAUCUUAACAAGAAAUGGGCUCCCAUCCUGGUCUGUCCCACAUUGGUUUUUGGAACUCUCAGCUCAAUACUGCUAAUCUAUGGUGCUAAGGCGCGAAAACGAGGCUUUGUCUUUCUCUGGGUAUGCAUAUACUCUAUCAUACUCUUCUUGUACAUCCUAUUGGCCAUCAUUCAGCUGGCCAAGUACACCCCUGUACCGAUUAUUCUGUCCGUUCAGAUGGUCAUCAUAGUCGGUCUUAUAUACUCCCUGAUGAUAGUUCAUUCGUAUUACAAAUUUCUCAAAAGUGUGGAUGACGCUGAUGACUCAAUUUGAUCGAAUCGGGCAAUGUGGUUGGG